AUGGCCCCCCCGGUUGGCCCGCAAUCAGUUGAGCAACACUAUGGGGUGAGCAACUCUCCUGCCAAGGGAUCCCCUCCCAAGAAUAAGAGUCUGACUGGAAGUGCGAGUGCUAGCGCGGAGAGUGGUGAUAGCGGUGCUAGUGCGAACAUUGAUUCGGCUCACAGCAGCCAGGUCAGCCUUGAGGACCAGCACAUUGCAGCUGCUAUCCACUGA